AUGAUUGAAGUUUUCUUUUUGGGUAAGAGUGGAAGGCACAGGUUUCAUGUAUUGAUCAAGAGAGGAUACCCAAUGAACACACAGGAUCAAAGCAAGGAAAUUGCUGUUAAGAAGAUAUCAAAGGGAUCAAAGCAAGGGAUAAAAGAGUACAUGUCAGAAGUGAAGAUUAUUAGCCGUUUGAGGCAUAAAAAUUUGGUUCAACUUCUUGGUUGGUGCCAUGAACGAGCAGAGUUGCUUCUUGUUUAUGAAUUUAUACCUAAUGGAAGUCUUGACACCCAUCUUUAUGCAGGCAAGAGAAAGGUUGUUUUACCCUGGGCAACGAGGUACAAAGUUGUACAAGAUUUGGCAUCUGCCUUGCUAUAUCUACACCAAGAUUGGGAACAAUGUGUAUUGCAUAGAGAUAUCAAUCCAAGCAAUGUCAUGCUUGAUUCCGACUUCAAUUCCAAGCUUGGAGAUUUCGGGCUGGCAAGACUGGUAGAUCACAAUCUUGGUGCACAGACAACUGUAUUAGCUGCUGGUACUUUAGGAUACCUUGCUCCCGAGUGUGUUAUCACAGGACAGGCUAGCAAGGAGUCUGAUGUCUAUAGUUUUGGGGUGGUGGCCCUUGAAAUUGCUUGUGGAAGGCGGCCUGUUGAAGAUAAUGCGAGUACGUUAGAAUGGGUUUGGAAUCUCUAUGGAGAAGGCCGUCUUCUUGAAGCAGUUGACAAAAGUCUCGAAGAAGAUUUCAACAUUCAGCAAGUCGAAAGCUUAAUGGUGAUUGGCUUGUGGUGUUGCCAUCCAGACCAUACUUAUCGUCCUUCUAUAAGACAUGCUUUAAGUGUUCUAAAUACGGAAUCACUUUUGCAUAGCUUGCCUUCAAAGUUUCCGGUUCCAAUCUAUUGUUCUCCCCAAAUGAACGUGGAUACUUUCUAUAUCACAUCUUCUUCUAGAUUUACAGGCAGUAGUGGAGCUACAUGCUCUUCCUCUGGGCCAGUUAUUUGUGAUGGCUCUUUCCCCUUGUUAUCUGAAAAUGCAGUGCUGAAGUCUGAUUAG